AUGGAGCCUUUUAAAAUUUCAAGCGAAAUCGAAGCAAUUGUUCACAAAUACAGGCUGGAUGAAGACUCAUUUUCCAAUUAUUCUUUUAAUCAGACUACUCCUAUUGAAAUAGAUAACCGAAAAAGUGUUAAUAAAGCGCCUUCAAAUCUGCAUCAUUCCUUGCAGAACUCACAGUCUUCAAUAAAUUACUCAACAAUAUUGAAUGAGUCUCCAGAUUUGGUGUACCGUGAAGAAGAAAUACAAAUUUUGAAAGAAAAAUUAAUCGCCGCAGAAUAUGAGAAGGAUAAACUGCUUGAAGAAAAUGAUGAACUAAAAAAGAAAAAUUGCCCUGAAAAAGAAGGAAACAGUGCUAGCAGUAAUCUAGUCAUUAAGCAGCUGCAAGAUAAAGUGAACUUUUUGAAGUCAAGAUGUGAUUUUAUGGAAUCUGAAAAUAAGCGCCUUUCUGAGCAGUAUGAAAUUGAUAAGGAAAGCUGAAAUAUUCAGGUUGAACACUUUAAAAAGCAAAUGGAAUGUAAAAAUAAAGAAAAUUUUGGUGAAAAUUCUAAUAAAAGUUUAUAUGAGAUUAUAAAAACGAAGGAAAAAGAAAAUGAGGAGCUUAAUGGAGCCUUAAAUAAUUAUAAAGAUGCAAUAGAAAAGUAUCAGCUAAAAAUAGAAAAAAUUGAAGGAGACUUAGAUAAUAUUAAGGCUGAGCAAGAUUUAAAUUUAAACGAAUUUCUCUCGCACAUCCAGUGCCUUAUGAGUCUCUUUACUUGAGGCUCAGCUACGAUAUCAGCUCUGAAAAACGGUAGGUGAAUCGGCCUAACCAUCGAACCGUUAAAGUAAUCAAGCCCUUUCAGACUUCUCUAGUCAGUACCAGACUCAGCACUGACCACUUCUCUUCAAGCCGAAACUCUCAAGAAGCUUGGCUUCUCUCACUGAGUUGGUUUAUGGGUGGGGCCUGGUGGAUCAGGACUAGGGACUCAUCCCUAACUGCCAUUUAAAAUAUUGUGUGAGCAAGAUGAAAAAAUAAGCAGACUCGAAGAGGAAAAUAAAUUUCUAAAAAAUAAAUUAUUAGAGUCAAAAAAAUGCAUGAAAACUCAUAAAUCAUCAAAAACAACCAAAAGAGAUAAAUCAAGGCCAAGUUGCACAGAUAAAUCAUUGAAAAAAUCACAGAAAGAAAGAUCAGUAUCAGCUAAGAGAUCUAACUCUUCUAAAAGAAGCACAAAAAGUAUCAAAAUUCCAGUAGUAACUAUAGAAAAGCUAAAAAGAAGUGAAAAAGAAUCUACAACAACUUCAGAAAGAAGCUCUGGAAGCACACCAAGAAGGCAUGGGCAUGUCAGAGUUCCGUCUUAUUUAAAAAAGAGUAAAAAUGCUAAUGAUAAAAGCAGUCAAAUGCAAGACAUUGAAAACGAAAUUUCAGAGCUCAACGGGAGAUAUAGAAUUUUACUUCAUUUAUCUCAAGAUGACACUUAUGAUUUGACCUCUUUAAGAAAAGAGCUUGUAGAGGUAGCUUCAGAAAUUGAUAGGAAAAGUAAGAUACUUUUUUCAAUAAGAGAUGAAAAUAUUUAA